GUUUCGCGUCUCCAGGUGAGCGUCUCUUUUAGGAAAUAUGUUGUGAAAGCCAAGCAAACUGAACGAAGAGGAUCUGCCCCAGCCAGCUCUCAGUCUCUCCUGUCCACAGCAGACAGGAUUCAUAGCAACAGUUCUGCUCAUUUCCUUACAUAGUCUACAGCAUCUACAGACCUCAUUUUCUGCCAUGAAGUUGUUUAAAUUGCAGAGUCUAAAAUUCUUGUGGACUUUGAAGCCUCCUAAUAGGGCUCUCCAUGGACACCCCAGGCUGCUUGCCUCUGAUGUGCAUUCCCAGUAUGAGUCCAUCAGACGGGGCAAACAGGAAAUACCAAAGUACUUUAACUAUGCAAGUGAUGUACUGGACAAAUGGUCUGAGAUUGAAAAGGCUGGAAAGAGACCACCAAACCCUGCGUUUUGGUGGAUAAAUGGAAAAGGAGAAGAAGUGAAGUGGAGCUUUGAGGAGCUGGGGUUCCUGUCUCGGAAAGUGGCCAAUGUGCUGACUAAAGACUGUGGGCUGCAGAAGGGGGACAGACUUAUCGUGAUCCUACCACGAAUCCCAGAGUGGUGGCUGGUGAAUGUGGCCUGUAUGAGAGCAGGAAUUGUCUUAAUUCCAGGGGUAUCCCAGUUAUCAGCCAAAGACAUCCUAUAUCGACUCCAGGCAUCAAAGGCCACGUGCAUAAUUACCACUGACAAAGUGGCUCCUGCAGUGGAUUCGGUGGCAUCUGAGUGUCAGCUUCUGAAAACCAAGCUAAUGGUGUCCAAGGACAGUAGGGAAGGGUGGCUGAACUUCACUGAGCUCUGCAAAAACCAAGCUGCUGACCAUUCCUGUGUCAAAACAAGGAUUCAAGACCCAAUGAUUAUCUUCUUUACCAGUGGAACCACAGGUUCUCCUAAGAUGACUCAACAUUCCCAGGGUAGUCUUGGUUUCAGACCCCUUUUAAGUGAAAGGUACUGGUUAGAUUUGACACCUUCUGGCAUGAUAUGGAACACAGCAGACACAGGAUGGAUACUAACUUCAGUGGCAUCUGUUUAUGAUCCCUGGGUUUUUGGGUCAUGUGUCUUUAUACAUAACCUACCACAGACUGACUCAGCAGUCAUCCUAAAUACUCUCUGCAGCUUCCCAAUUGACGUGCUGGUUGGUGCUCCAACGUUGUUCCGCAUGCUGGUGCAAAAUGAUCUCUCCAGCUACAAAUUCAUGAACCUGAAGUACUGCGUGAGUGGAGGGGAACCAGUCAACCCAGAAGUCAUGGAGCAGUGGAAGAGCCAGACUGGGGUGGACAUCCAUGAAGUUUAUGGCCAAACUGAAACGGGAAUAAUCUGCUCUGUUUUUAAAGGAAUGAAGAUUAAACCUGGAUCAAUGGGGAAGGCAGCUCCCCUUUAUGAUGUUCAGAUCGUAGACAAAAAUGCUAAUAUCCUGCCUCCAGGACAACAGGGAGAAAUUGCUGUCAGAAGCAAACCUAUAAGACCACUUGGUUUUUUCUCUGAAUAUGUAGAUAACCCUAAGAAAACUGCAGAAACUGAACGUGGGGAUUUUUAUGUCACUGGAGACAGAGGGACUAUGGAUGAAGAUGGGUAUUAUCAGUUUAUUGGAAGAUAUGAUGACAUCAUCAUUUCUUCAGGGUAUCGCAUUGGGCCAUUUGAAGUAGAGAGUGCCCUGAUAGAGCACCCAGCUGUGGUAGAAGCAGCUGUUGUCAGCAGCCCAGAUCCCCUCAGAGGAGAGGUUGUGAAAGCAUUUGUGAUUCUGUCACCAGCCUUUUCAUCCAGUGACCUGAAGAGCUUAGCCCAGGACUUGCAGGACCAUGUGAAGAAAACCACUGCUCCAUAUAAAUACCCUCGAAAGGUGGAAUUUGUCCAAGAGCUGCCAAAGACAAUCACUGGGAAGAUCAAGAGGAAUGAAUUAAGAGACAAAGAGUGGGGACGGAUGUAGCAUUGCUAGGAAUUUAACAAAACUUCUUUCAUUCCAUUAGCACUACAUAAAUUUCACUAAUAUAACUGCCCUCAUUCUACUCGCUUUUUGUUAAAUACCUGAGCACCAAAAACUACAGAUAACACCAAGAUGUGAUAUUAAUGCUUGCUUGCAAAGUUUCUAAUGUCAGUACUUGAGUGGAUUGUAUUAUUCUGGCUGAAAAAUAAAUUUUUCAAUAGACUA